GUCUCAUCAGAAAUCAAAGAAAAAACCUAGACUCCCCAAAAUGGAUUCACCACAGCACUUCAGCUUCAGGAAUCUGCUUCUUCUUUACCUCGUUUUCUUCCUCUUCUCUAGCAUUCUAGUCUGUGCCUCGUCAGACAAAAGGUUUCUUGGUAAAAGGCAUCUGUUAAAGAUGGAGAAAGAAGUUGCAGAAGAAGAAGAAGAAGAAGAAGUUCAGCCUAAGAAGAAGUUCGACCUAUCCACCAAAAAACAAACCAAACCCAUCAAACCUAAAGUCCCCACAAAUUCUACAAAAUCCAAAACAACUAUCCUCUCCAAAACCAAGCUCAAGAAGCUCAAUUCCACGUCAAGCAUCUCAAAUUCCACCAAAUCCAAUUCAGUUUUCAUCAAGAAAUCCUCGGAUCUACUCAAACCCAGUUCUCCCAAGAACAAAACUUCCCAAAUCAUUGUCACCAAGAAAUCCGGAACAGUCACAGAGAAGAAAUCCAGUGAGGAAAAGAACCAGCAACAGAAGAAGAUUCAGAAACCAACGGAACCCUAUUUGAUGGAUCAAGACGAUGAAGACGAAGAUAUAGUCUCAGAAUUGAAGGAAGAUCUGCAAAUGAUCUCAACAACUUCAAAAGCUUAUCUUACCAAAGCCAACAAGGAAAUCACUAAAGGGUUUAAACCCUUUGUGGGCAACAAAUAUGCACCCACUAUAGCUUCCAUACUUGCCUUUAUUUUCAUUAUAGUUCCUCUCCUUCUUGUAUCUCUUAUAUUUAACAGAUUCAAAGCUUACUUCUCUCUCCAGAAGUUACUAAUCUUCAUUCAAGUCUACUUAUCGAUCUACUUCUCGAUCCUAUCUCUUUCUUCGCUGGUGACUGGACUGGAGCCAUUGAAGUUCUUCUAUGCUACUUCCCAAUCGAGCUAUGUGUGCUUGCAGGUGUUGCAGACGCUAGGGUACGUGUUGUAUUUACUUCUACUGUUCAUGUACUUGGUGGUGGUACUCUCAAAGGAAAAUGGGCUGGGCUCGAAGUUGUUGGGCUUGGGCCAGAUGAUGGUGGGAGUUGCAGUGGGCUUCCAUUAUUACGUGACGGUGUUUCAUUGGGCGGUGUUGCGUCAACCUCCUAAGACGAGUUGGAAAGUCCAGGGAAUUUAUGCGGUUUGCUUCUUCGUGGUCUGUUUAUUUACCGGUGCCGAGAGGAGAAAGAAGGCUUACCUACACGACGGUGGUGAGGAGGCAAAGAAAAGCUAAUAAGAAGGGAAAAGGCUAGAUAUGUCAUCGCUAUAUCUAGAUUUGUGUCUAUCUCUUUCUCCCCUUAGAAAAGUCUCCUAUGUCCUUCUCAUCCCAACUCUCUCAUUGGUUGAACUGUUAACUCCAAAAAAGUCGACAACAUAGAUAAGCUCCUUCCGAGAAGAAGUCAUUUUCAAUUUUUUUUAUUUUUUGGGGUUCAACAUCAACAAUAGGCCAAUACAACAAAAGUUGGGGAUGACAGCGAAAAGAUUUUGCUUUUCUCCCCCUUAAUUAAAUCUUGUCUGUUACUUUCUUUGUUUAUGCGAAUUAUAUCUUUGAAGAACUCAAUAAAUUUUGACU